ACAGAAGAAGAAGAAGAUUUACUUUAAAGACUAACUUCUGUAAGCGAAAGACGUUUGUUGUUAGCCAAUGUGUGAACUGUGAAAAUGGAGCCGUUUAGAAGGCUAGUGAAGUGUUUUGUGUUUCUAUCUGCAGCAUGGGAUGUCGCUCAUUUGCUGGACGGUGGAAUGCUCUUCCCCCGAGAGUCGUCGUCGCGGGAGAUCAAAGAGCUGAAUGGGCUGUGGGACUUCAGAGCCGACGUCUCCCACGACAGGAACUUGGGCUUUCAACAGGCAUGGUAUAAAAGUCGCCUUGCAGAGACCGGUCCAGUGAUUGACAUGCCAGUGCCUGCCAGCUACAACGACAUCACCCAGGAUCCACAGCUGAGGGAUUUCAUUGGCUGGGUGUGGUAUGAGAGAGAGGUGUUGGUACCCUCACGAUGGGUGUCUGAUGAGGGAACCAGAGUCGUGCUGAGGGUUGGGAGUGCACACUACUACUCAGUGGUCUGGGUGAAUGGAAUCAAAAUGACAGAGCACGAGGGUGGCCAUCUUCCCUUCGAGGCUGAGAUCAGCGAUGUCCUCCGCAAGGACCCGGGUGUGGCCUGCAGGAUCACCAUAGCUGUCAACAACACCCUGACUCUCCAUACUCUGCCCCCGGGGACCAUUCAACAUAUUGACGACCCCACCAGGUAUCCUGCUAACUAUGUUAUACAAAACACAAACUUUGACUUCUUCAACUAUGCUGGUUUGCAUCGUCCUGUUCUGCUGUAUACCACUCCUACGGCGCAUGUUGAUGACAUCACAGUGCUGACAUCCUUUGCUGACAACAUUGGGCUCAUCAGUUACCAGGUGUCAGUGCUGGGCAGUCUCAACUCCACGCUGAAGGUGACCCUGUCGGACAAAGAUGGGCACUCUGUGGCCUCCUCCACUGGACCGUCUGGGGUCCUCAAAGUGAUGGACGUCAGCCUGUGGUGGCCGUAUCUAAUGCAUGAGAGCCCAGGUUAUCUGUAUUCUAUGGAGGUUCACAUGACGACAGCUAGCGAGGGUUCUGUCUGUGAGGAUGUUUAUGCUCUGCCUGUGGGAAUCCGCACUGUCCAGGUCACCAACACACAGUUUCUCAUCAACAGCAAACCCUUCUAUUUCCACGGAGUCAACAAACAUGAGGAUGCUGAUAUCAGAGGGAAGGGCCUGGACUGGCCCCUGAUUGUGAAGGAUUUUAACCUGUUGAAGUGGCUCGGGGCCAACUCGUUCAGGACCAGUCACUACCCGUACGCUGAGGAGAUCCUGCAGAUGGCAGACCGCCAUGGCAUUGUGGUCAUUGACGAGUGUCCCGGGGUGGGCAUCGCAGACAUCCGUAGUUUUGGGAACGCCUCCCUGUCUCAUCACCUGGUGGUCAUGGACGAACUGGUGAGAAGGGACAAGAAUCACGCCUCCGUGGUCAUGUGGUCUGUAGCCAAUGAGCCGGCCGCUGAGAUGCCCCCUGCUGGAUUCUAUUUCAAGACACUGAUAGCUCAUACCAAAUCUCUGGAUGUCACGCGACCGGUCACGUUUAUCACCGCCAGUAACUUUGCCAGAGACAAGGGGGCUCCCUAUGUGGAUGUGAUAUGUGUGAACAGUUACUUCUCCUGGUACCAUGACCCGGGUCACCCGGAGGUCAUCCCCUUCCAGCUCAACACCCAGUUUGAGAACUGGUACAGGAAGUACCAGAAACCCAUAAUCCAGAGUGAAUACGGAGCUGACGUGGUUCCGGGAAUGCACAUGGAUCCUCCCAUGAUGUUCACUGAGGAAUACCAGAAAAUAGUGUUAAAAAACUACCAUGAUGUGUUCGACCAGAAGAGGAAGGAGUAUGUCAUUGGAGAGCUCAUCUGGAACUUUGCUGACUUCAUGACGGCACAAACGGUGGCCCGUGUGGUGGGCAACAAGAAGGGGAUCUUCAGCCGGCAGAGGCAGCCCAAAGCUGGGGCCUUCCUCCUGAGGGAGAGGUACUGGAGGCUGGCCAAUGAGACGGGCCUGCUGCCCACCUGGUCCAGGUACCCCUGCUACCUGGCUACAUAUCCCUGACACACCUGGGUGGUAUUCAUCAGCGCAGAACCCUGCACAUUAUAACAAAACAUUUCUAAACGCUUUGCAACCCGAAAACAAAAACAAUCAUUUCUUAUUUGAUGAGUCCUCUGUUUUGUUCCGUUUUGGAACAGGUUAAAGACAUGGGAGUAAUGAGUAGGAAUUAUGUUUUGUUCCGUUUUUAACACCAACCUGUAUGGCGCAGACUGCGUGACGACUAGAACGCUAUGAAGACACACAAUUACCAGAAACAACGGGAUCAAUGGCUGCGUUUACACAAGCAGCUCAAUUCUGAUAUUUGUUGCACUAAUUGGUCAAAUGACCAGAUCUGAUUCAGUGGAAUAAUGAUCAGAAUUGGUGUGCCUGUGUAAACCGCACCUAUUCCUGUGCGACCCUCUGCUCAGACGUUGCUGACGCCUGGCAGAUCUUACAACCCCUUGGGUAGGUAUUUUACCUAUCCGCGUAUGUUAUAGCAAUGUCAGUCAAUGGGUGGAUUUGAUUAUGCUGAGCUGCAGGACAACGGUCUAUGGCGCGUGACGUGAAUGAUCAAAAGCAGUAAGAAGGAGUGUCCUUCUCAAAUCCAACAGUCAUCUGCGCUGUUCGGUCAUGUUAAGUUUUCAUUCCGAAGGCAGAUUGCUUUUGAUUAAAAAAAAACUCACUUUUGCAUGUGAAAACACAUAAUUCCUACUCAUUACUCCCAUGUCUUUAACAGGGUUCCAAAACAAAUGCCAUCAACUAUCACCCGGUGCAAAACACGCCUACCCGGGCCAGAUUAAUCAAAUGCCCUCAUUUGAGACAGUCGAUGACUUGGUACACAACCAUUGGUUAUCACUUCUGUCUUGCCUUUUUUUUUGUAAUUCAGGGGAUCAACCAGUUAUAUACAUGAAUGUGAAUCAUGAUGCUGUUCAGUGUAAAUAAAUGUGAUGUAUGAAAGAAA